GGUCCCCACCUAUGAGUUCUGUCCCAGUCGGACGCGCGUCACAACCUCUGUCUCCAAAUUUUUCCAACACAUGUGCUCCCUUUUCUAGGAAGCCGGAGUCCACUCAGCGCACGGAUCCCCACGUUCUGGUUUCCUCUGCGUGGUCUCAGUUGGUGCAAACAGAUUGUAAGCCUUGGUGACCACUUUUUUUUUUCUUUUUCCUUUUCAUGAAAGCAGAGCUUCGGUGUGUCCCCAGUGCCUCCGAAGUCCCUUUUUCCAGCCGCACCCAUGCUUCUGGCGCGAAUGAACCCGCAGGUGCAGCCGGAGCUCGGCGGGCCGGACCCGCUGCCUGAGCAGCCCCUAGGGCCCUGCAAAACCGCGGAUCUGCUGGUGGUGAAGGAGCGCAACGGCGUCCAGUGUCUCCUGGCGUCCCAGGACGGUGACGCGCAGCCCCGGGAGACUUGGGGCAAGAAGAUCGACUUCCUGCUGUCUGUGGUCGGCUUUGCAGUGGACCUGGCCAACGUGUGGCGCUUCCCCUAUCUCUGCUACAAAAAUGGUGGUGGUGCCUUCCUGAUCCCAUACACACUGUUCCUCAUCAUCGCUGGGAUGCCACUGUUUUACAUGGAGCUGGCUCUGGGGCAGUACAACAGGGAAGGUGCUGCCACGGUGUGGAAGAUCUGUCCUUUCUUUAAAGGAGUGGGCUACGCUGUGAUCCUCAUUGCCCUCUAUGUUGGCUUUUACUACAACGUCAUCAUUGCCUGGUCGCUCUACUACCUCUUUGCAUCCUUCACCUUGAACCUGCCCUGGACCAACUGUGGCCAUGCCUGGAACAGCCCCAACUGCACUGACCCGAAACUCCUCAAUGCCUCGGUGCUGGGAGACCAUACCAAAUACUCCAAAUACAAGUUCACACCGGCUGCAGAGUUUUAUGAGCGCGGUGUCCUUCACCUGCACGAGAGCAGCGGGAUCCACGACAUCGGCCUGCCCCAGUGGCAGCUGCUGCUCUGCCUGAUGGUCGUCAUCGUUGUCUUGUACUUCAGCCUCUGGAAGGGAGUGAAGACGUCGGGAAAGGUCGUGUGGAUCACAGCCACCCUGCCUUACUUUGUGCUGUUUGUGCUCCUGGUCCAUGGUGUCACACUGCCUGGCGCCUCCAAUGGCAUCAACGCUUACCUGCACAUUGACUUCUACCGCCUCAAAGAGGCCACGGUAUGGAUUGAUGCUGCAACUCAGAUAUUUUUUUCCCUGGGGGCUGGAUUUGGAGUCUUGAUUGCAUUCGCCAGUUACAAUAAAUUUGACAACAACUGUUACAGGGAUGCCCUGCUGACCAGCACCAUCAACUGCGUUACCAGUUUUAUUUCUGGGUUUGCCAUCUUCUCCAUCCUUGGUUACAUGGCCCAUGAACAUAAGGUCAAGAUUGAGGAUGUUGCCACUGAAGGAGCUGGCCUUGUGUUUAUCUUGUAUCCAGAAGCCAUCUCCACUCUGUCAGGAUCCACGUUCUGGGCGGUUUUGUUCUUCUUGAUGCUCCUGGCUCUGGGUCUGGACAGCUCAAUGGGAGGCAUGGAAGCAGUCAUCACAGGACUGGCUGAUGACUUCCAGGUCUUGAAGCGGCACCGGAAACUCUUCACAUUUGGUGUCACCAUAAGUACUUUCCUUCUGGCCAUGUUUUGCAUAACCAAGGGAGGAAUUUAUGUCCUGACUCUGCUGGAUACUUUUGCAGCAGGCACCUCCAUUCUGUUUGCGGUACUUAUGGAAGCUAUCGGAGUGUCCUGGUUUUAUGGUGUUGACAGGUUCAGCAAUGACAUUCAGCAGAUGAUGGGGUUUAAGCCAGGCCUGUACUGGAGACUGUGUUGGAAGUUCGUCAGUCCUGCCUUCCUUCUGUUUGUGGUGGUGGUCAGUAUCAUCAACUUCAAGCCGCUCACCUACGAUGACUACGUCUAUCCUCCCUGGGCCAACUGGGUCGGGUGGGGCAUUGCCCUCUCAUCCAUGAUCCUGGUACCUGCCUAUGUCAUCUACAAGUUCUUCAGCAUUCGGGGCUCCCUUUGGGAGAGAGUGGCCUAUGGCAUCACACCAGAGAACGAGCACCACCUGGUGGCCCAGAGAGACGUGAGACAGUUCCAGUUGCGGCACUGGCUGGCUAUCUGAACCUGGCUCUGAGGAGGAGGAACCCAUCAUCUGGACCAAGGGCAUCCUCUUCACCCCCAUGCGGACACCGCCCUGGGAUUCCCGUCCUGGAAGAACCUUUCCCAUCCCUCUUGUUUUCCCGGUUACUAAUGAUUCUAUGACUCUGGUUUUGUUUGCCUUCUGUUAAUCAGGCAUGGAGGCAGUGAGUGUGGAGAACUAAAGAGUCUCGAGGAAGAGGAUGAGAGGAGGGAAUGGGGCCUGGCUUCUGGAACUCUGGCUAGAGGGCAAUCUCAGUGCACACAUGAGAUCCAUGACUCAGGCAGAGCCUCUUCCUGAAUUUGCUUGUACUUCAGAUCUUAGAAGAAACCUUCAAUUCAUCAAGGCCAAGAGAAGAUUGUCUUUUGGCUAGAUAUCAAAAGCCCAACCGAAGCCUGAUGGGGUCUGUGUGGGAGCCAAGGUUACCCAGCUUUUCAUCUAGUCACCACUUAGGUACCUGAGCCUCUGUGUGGGAGUUAGGGUUUAUUUGCACCUAAAAUGUGACUGGUAAUGUUUUAGGGGUUUUAAGUAAAAAUCCUCUAAUUUAAGUUUUCCGUUUAAUCUGAGAUUGGUUUUUGAAUGUUCUAGAAUAUUACUCUAGCUUCUGGUGUUUGGCUAGUCCCAAACCAUGAUGUUAGUGGAAGAAUGUAGCUGGACUACCAGUGAAGAAGUUCACAAAGUCAGAUACUCCAGAAAGGUGAUAGAGACAGCUAGACACAUCACCCUUGCCAAGACCACACACUGCUCACGUUCUGUCUGACACAUGGAUGGCUCCAGAGACCUUCCUGGGGAUUGAGGCAUAGCAGAGAUCUUUGUUGUGUUGGGUCAAGUGCAUGACUGAGGGCAACGUGAUAGGCUGCCAUAGUUCUUCAUGGUCUACAGGCUUGUCCUAAGCCUCCUCCUGGGAUCCUGGCAGACAGGGAGGGGUCCUGAGUAAUGGGAUAUAUUGACUCUGAAAAUGGUCUGCUUCUUCCUUGACUGGACUUGGCACCUUGGAGGGCAUAAUGGGAUGGAGAUCUACCACAUCAGAGCACAGCCCUUCAUGUCUAGGGGAUGAUAUCCUGACUGGUGACGACAGGUUGGUGGGGUCAGGAAAUUUCUAGGUUCACUUAGUGCCCUCUGGUGGUUAGUUUUGAUUCGUUGAGGGAAAGGAUGGCUUGGUAAAUCGAUGGCAUCUCCUUGGCAUGUAUGUUUAUGGUUUGAGUCUCAUAAGCCCUUAUUUGAAAUGUAGAAUCAUAGUUUGUCAUUGUGAUCGUGGAAUUCCGUGCUGCAGGUUUUUUUUAUUUAUGUGUUGUGAAAAAAAAGCCACUGAACACUUUGGGGUCGUGUAGGAGGCCACAUGGAGAAACUGGUAUGUCCCCAUGGAGGGUGCAAGAGGAGGCCAGGUGAGGAUAGCUGGAUGGGAGAUAUUUUACUCUGAAGAUCCCAAGAUUUCCCUGAAUCAGGGUCCUUGAGUCAUUCUUUAGAGGAAAUCCAGCGACUUUGGUUCUUCUGUAUAAGAAAGCUGGCUCAGCUCAAGGCACCCCCCAGUGGCAAAUGUCUUGCAGUGCUGGGCAAGCAGAACCUCACCCACCUCACUGUCAGAGUCCUGUUAGCAGACAGUCUCAACACCUCUGACGAAUAGCACACUUGUUAUCUUUAAAGAGAGUUUAUCAUUAUUCAAGUAAAACACUUUCCACCCACACUUCCUCCCUUCUACCCCGUAAGAAGAAAGGCUGUGUCCUAUCUUCCAUCUCCCCAUGUCCCUGGUGAGAAGACAGAGUCCCUCUUGCUCAAGGUCUCAGCUCCUGAGGGACCAGGGUGGACCCUCUCUCUAUUCCCAUCCUGUCUUCACCCUCCAGAGCACCGGGCAACUCCCUGUUCACCCCACCCAGGGUUGUCACCAAAUGCAGAGGGCACAGAGUCCCACUUAAGAGGAAAGGAGUGUUUCUUAGCAGAAGGACAGUGUGUUGGGAGAAGGGUAGAAGAAUGUCACUCUUCUCGUCCCACGGGCUCCCUGAGAGGCACUGUUCUUUCCUCUGAUGCCAAUUGUCAUACUUUGAAGCAAGUCCACCUAUCUGUCAUGAGUGCACACACUCAGAAAGUCAGGGUGCCCUGAAUCAGCACUGGUUCACCAUUUUCUCAUUGCCACCUAUGUGGUCCCUCUGCCCGUAGACAUUGUCCCCGGGGUGAAGUUGAGAUGCGGUGCUAGCCGAAUGAGCCCCAAACUAGAGCAAAGGUGCUGUUCUGUGGCAAAGUUGGGUCUUGAGAUUGGGACACGGGGUUCUUGGCUCCAAGCCCAGGUGCUCUGAUGGGGUAGGUUAGGGUGGGGCACCCAGAAAGGUCCUGGAGGUUCUCAUGAAGGUGCUAGGAGGCCACUGCACCCACCUUUCCACCCACACUCAGCAGAUGGGGGUUAUGCUUAAUCACAAAUAAUGCUUGACUUCCUUAUUGUGACUUUUUUUUAAAUAGUGGAGUCCAGUGUGCUCCUGAGUACUGUAUAUGACACUUGACACUUUUGAUAUUUUAUCAUAUUUUUAGAGAAUUAUUUUCUAUGAGCUGUGAGUCAUUUGUUUAAGAACAUUGGUGUUAUUUAGACCAUUCCUGUCAGUCUUCAUUCUAGAUUCCAGUGAGACAGAGGAGUAAAAGGAUACCAACUCACCCUAGAAAUCCUGCUCCGCAAAGGUCUCUAAACUGCCUUAGUUCUCAGAGGGUGUUCCUGCCCAGACAGGAGCCAGUCCCCUGCCGUAUAAUCCAUCAUCCAGUCUGGAUUUUCCAGAUCUGGUAAUGUAAGACUGACACGUUCUUACCAAAGAAACCAUUUCUACCCCAUACAUUUGUUUGUUUGUUUGUUUUUGAAAACCACAGAGGGGGAAGUGACCAGAGUGGGUGUUUGGUGUGGUGGAAUCAGCACAGUAUUUAGAAUUGAUUAGCGGAGGGUCUACAGUGGAUUAGCUGUGGCUUGAGACAGGAGCUUUGCAUCUUUGGGUUUAAGGGGGUUUUGUCUAUAAAAUCAGAACUUGAUCGGGUAAUCAAUCAAUUAAAAACAUAAGCAACAACAAAGCACAACAACGUCCUUGUGCUCAAGUUACAAUGACAAAAGCAUGCCGCUUACAGCAGAAGCUUCCAAAAGUGACCCAUAACUGACCAACUAUUGGCCUGCAUAGCUUUGAUAUUUCUUUAUGUCUAGUAGAUCCCCUAUCUCAGAUAUUUUUUCAGCCAACACCAAAAAGACUUGGUAUCUAAGAAGUCGAGUCCAGCCUCUCGAUCUGACACUUGGAUGGUGUGAGAAGGUGAAGGGCAUGCUCUGCCCUGUGUUUGCAAGUCUGGGUACCCACAGCUCUGCCCAGAGGCAGUGUGCUUGGCCCUGGCUGGUGAAUGUGAAGCCGUGGGUGCCUGCCCUCGCCCCACUGUCUCUACUUCUAUGUAAAUAGGAUUGUUUCCAUCUUCUCCAUGUCAUGGACCAUCCAAGUACCAUGCAAAUCUCUGUGUCUGCUUUGGAUGUGUUUUGAAAGUUGCUCUUUUCAUGGGAAAAAAUAAGUGUACAGUAUAAUAAAAGACAUUGCCUGUGCUGUCUA